UUCCUCCUAAAUCAGAUAGACAUCAGCACAUCGACCCUGGAAGAAUGGAGGAAGAAAUCUGUAAAUACAUCGUCAUAGGUGCAGGAGGUGUAGCAACUGUGGUUCUGACUCCUGCUCUUCUGGCUGCACUUGGCUUCACCGGUGCUGGAAUUGCAGCAGGCUCCAUCGCUGCAAAGAUGAUGUCCUUAUCUGCACUCGUUUAUGGAGGAGGAAUUCCAGCUGGAGGCCUGGUGGCAACCUUACAGUCUGCUGCUACGGCAGGAUUAGGAUGGCUUGGAACUGGAAUAGCGGCUGGUACUGGAAGCAUGAUAGGGAAUAUGAUAUCAAGCAUUUGUAAUGUAACUGUAAAAGUAGAAGACAGUCCAUAGCACAGUCAAGGAAUAUAGUUUUCAUUCCAGUAGAGUUACAGUCAUAUUGUUCUUACAUAAUAUAAUCAUGUCUUAAAGAGUAGAUUCUGAAAUUCAAACAUGUUUAAUCUGAGUAAGAAUGAAGGACACAUGAUUUUUUGCUGUGAACAUGUCUUGUUAAAGGUCAUUAUAUCGCUUCUGGCAUUUUCUAAAUUUUGAGGGAAUGCUAUUUCUACUCGUCAUUCUGAGAGAGUGGAAUAAAAAAAAUAACUUUGUAUGUGUGUGCAUCAGUUGUAAAAUGUCAACAUACACUCAAUAAAUAAGUAAAUAAUACAUCAGUCAAUAAAGAAAAAGUGUUUAAAUA